AUGAGUUCGUAUAAUUCAUUUUGAACAGAAGUCGAGCUGCACUGUCGUAGCAGAGUCGCACACACAUGGAGCGGUACCAAAUAUCUAUGCAAAACCCUCACAUCGAAAGAUGAAGCGUUCUCCUUCUCACGCUUGAGUGUACGGUACCUGGAAAAGCUGCUAUUUGGGGGUCUUGUGAUGCUAAAGUAGAAAGUAUUUUCAAUAGUAAUGGAUACGUCGAAGGGAACCCGAAGACCUGGGCCCCAUACAGAACGGCUGACCGUAUUCGCCUAGACGAACAUAGGAGAGCGUUGGCCAAUCCCGCUGCCUACCCAAAUAGCAGCUUUUCCAGGCACCGUACACUCAAGCAUGAAAAGGAGAACGCUCCAUCUUUCUAUGGAAACUGAUGCUCAGGAAGAUUUCUAGGACUACGCUUUUAUAUGGGAUUUGUGAAGAUGCCAACAUUGUACCACUGCUGGUCCGCAAAGGAAUUGAUUUUCCUCAUGCAGAUGAUAAGGCAUGCCCUCUGCCAUACUCAUAUAAGAUGCCUGGGCCAAUAGAGGUCGGAUCCUUGUACCACAUACAUGGUAAAAUAGCAAAUCCGGCAUAUAGAGUCGAAAUCGACUUUCUUGAAGGCUUCGCCGCUGGAUCUGCUGGUCAAACCGUCUUCCAAGUCAGCAUUCGUCUUGAUCCGGAGCCUGUUGUCAUUAUGAAUGCGAAAGUAGGUGUUGAAAGAUUUUAUGGAGGUGUACAUUCCCAACCAGAGCUCACAUCAGUUCAAUCAUCGUCUGCCAUUUACUCAAGUCAAUUUCAUUGAAUGUAGUGGAGAAGCAACAUUCAACGGUUUUCACUAUGCUACCGAAUGUGCCAUCGAAACAUUACCUCAUGAGCGUAAAUUCCCGGGUGGAAACUGGCAAGUUCAAACUGAACUGAUAAUUUUCGGAAUAGCUACGGGAGACAGCUGGACAGUGGAGCUACUUGGAAGCGGAGGCAACGCCCUGUUCCAGUUUGUUGCAAAAUAUAAAGAGAAAGUUACUGUUCGUAACGCAAACAUUGGAGGAAACUGGGGAAAUGAAGAAAAGACAGGACAAUUUCCUUUCCAACGAGAUCGUGGCUUUGAACUUUCACUUGGGCUCGUCGCUAGUGGCAUUAAUAUGCUCUGCAAUAACGCUCGCUUUGGCCAGUUUGCCCAUCGUACAGGUUCACCAUUAACUGAUUAUCAGGGCAUAAGAAUCUCAGGCGACGCGAAGAUCGUUAUGGUGCGAUACGCUAAACGCCCAUAG